UAUAAGUUGAGCUUUUUGCCGAGCCCGCUGGAAGCGGCGGCGGGCUGGGAGCGGCGGCGGCGGCGGCGGGGGGAGGCAGGCUGCGCGCCGGGCGCCCGAGGCUCUGCCUUACCCACGCCGCGACUCCUUGUGUCCGUGUGCCGCGGCCGCACCCGCGUCCCCCCCCCCCUCGCUCUCCGAAGAUGUCCACAGCCCUGGUGUCGCCCACCAUCUUCGACCUGAGCGAAGUUUUAUGCAAGAGCAACAAGAUGUUGAAUUACAGUCCCUCGAGUGUCAGCGGGUGCCUGCUGGACAGGAAGGCGGUGGGCACCCCGGCCGGCGGGGGCUUCCCUAGGAGGCACUCUGUCACCCUGCCCAACUCCAAGUUCCACCAGAACCAGCUCCUUACCAGCCUGAAAGGGGAGCCGGCUCCCAUGCUGGGCCCCCGGGAAAGCCGUUUCCGGGACCGCUCCUUCUCCGAGGGCGGCGAGCGCCUGCUGCAGCAGAAGCAGCCCGGGGGACAGGUCAAUUCCAGCCGCUACAAGACGGAGCUGUGCCGCCCCUUCGAGGAGAACGGCGCCUGCAAGUACGGCGACAAGUGCCAGUUCGCCCACGGCAUCCACGAGCUGCGGAGCCUCACCCGCCACCCCAAGUACAAGACCGAGCUCUGCCGCACUUUCCACACCAUCGGCUUCUGCCCCUACGGGCCGCGCUGCCACUUCAUUCACAACGCGGAGGAGCGCCGCGCUGUGGCUGGGAGCCGGGAGCCCGCCGUCACCGACAGACCCCGCCUGCAGCACAGCUUCAGCUUCGCCGGCUUCCCCAGCACUGCUGCCAGCGGGCUGCUGGACAGCCCCACAUCUAUCACCCCGCCGCCCAUGCUGAGCGCCGACGACCUGCUGGGCUCCCCCACCCUGCCUGACUGCGCCAGCAACCCCUUCACCUUCUCCAGCCAGGAGCUGGUCAGUCUCUUUGCCCCCAGCAUGGGGGUGCAGGUGCCCAGUGGGAACUCCCCCACCACCUUCUUGUUCAGGCCCAUGUCCGAGUCCCCCAACAUGUUUGACUCGCCGCCCAGUCCUCAGGACUCCCUCUCUGACCAGGAGGGAUAUCUGAGCAGCUCCAGCAGCAGCCACAGCGGCUCAGAUUCCCCUAUCCUGGACACCUCAAGACGUCUUCCCAUCUUCAGCAGACUCUCCAUCUCUGACGACUAAUCUGGGGUUUCCUCUUGCCCCCCCCCCCCCCCCCCCAUUACAAUGUUAAGCUGAACUCCUCCCAUCCCGUCCCCUGUAGUCUGAGCUGGAUGUUAACCUGUCCACCUGCCUGCUGUAGACCCACUGGCUAAAACCUUAAGUGCCAAAUUACGAUGAAAAGCAAUAACGUUUACAAAAUUAGUGCCUUUUAACACUUUCACUGUGACUAUUACCUCUCCAGCUGCAGAGGGCACCAGCAGCUCUGUGCACUUCCAGAUGUGCAGGAAAUGUCCGGAUCCAGCUCCCUCCACUGGCCAUGUACUGCAUAACCCUCUCCCAGUCCCUUCCUGACUGGCCAGUUUCCUCUAGGCUGCGGGCAUGUGGGCAAGCGUUAACAUCCAGUCUUCUUUCUCACCUCCCCUUAAAGACUAGUCUUGCCUGGAUCCGCUCAGGUCUGCGGGAAGAAAAAGCUGAGAAGGGACAAAGAUUGUAACAAGAGUGGGACUUUGACUGGGAGGAAGAAAACAAAAC